AUGUCUUUCAGCGCAACUGGCGUACCGAGACCGCUACAAUCGCGACCCAAGAAGUCGCCCAUUCAACUACUCCGCUCGGCCUCGUCACCCUUUGGCAAUCAUCCGCGACGCAAAGCAGCCACUACACCACAAGCCGGAGUCAAGAGAAGCCAGUCCGAAAUUAGCACAAGCACUGAACAGCCUCUCGACAACACAGGCAUUGUCAAUGCUUUGCCGCCGCCGAAAACACCACGAGAUACCGUCUGCCUCAUCCGUUAUAUCCAACACCGCACAUGGACCGAGAUACCAGAAAGAGCUGCGGGAAUGAACAGUACCCGAAUAGCCGAAGUCCUCAACUAUCGAAAGAACAUGCCUCCGAUAGUCUCGAUAGCACAUCUCCACGCAGUCUCCAUGUCAACCACAGACAUCGAACGCCGGCUCGCAACCCUGAUUCACUCUGGCACUAUCAAGAAAAUAAACAUACCAGGAAGAGGCAAAGGCGGCUUUGCAAUAGGCGAAGGUGUCGUCCUGGUUGAAGACUGGAUAAAUACAAUACAACAACACCCAGCUCUCUCCCAAGGGCUAAAAGAAAAAUACGCAAAAGUGCUGGAGGAAAAUACAUCUUCGUACACGGUACCAGCAAGCCUGUUUCUCCCAGACGAAGUUCAAGAACUUAUAGCAGCUGGUUUUAUGACCUCGACGAGCGCACUAAGUGAUAAUCUCUACUCUUUACCCGGACAAGCCUCCUCACCCGGCUCCUCGUCCCUAGCCAACUCGUGGAAUACAGCAGCGACAGGCACUCUAGCAGCUACAGGUGGCUCCUCAGCCGUACACCUCAACGGCGGCGGCGGCCGUGGUCUGAAUUUACAAACCAAACCAAAAUCGUCGAUCCAACAACCACAAACCCUGACCUUCUCUCUUCCAAAUACAGGAGCAUACCUAUGCCUGGUCACAGAAGCACGCCAACAUCUUCUAGCCCUCCUCGUCAAGUCUUCUCCCAAAUACAAAGAAAGUACGAAAGAGAUACUAAGGGAACGAUGGGAUGGAGGUAUACCUUUAGAAGAUGCGCAAAGCAGAGCCAAAAGGGCAAGGGGCGAGUGGAAUGGUGUCUUGCCUGGUAAAACCAAGAAAUGGAAGACGUUCUAUGGGUUGAGCUUUGAAUGGAUAUUGGAGGAGUGUUUGGGGUGCGGAGGGGUCGAGUGUUUUAGGACAGGCAGUGUUGGGUUGGGGGUCAGGGUCACUUAG